AUGGAUCUCGCAAACACACUCAUCCGAACGGUGGUCCGCGCCUUCUACGAGACACGCCAUAUUUUGGUGAUCGAUGCGCUCUUUAUCCACUCGGUACUCCACGCGGAGGAUCUUGCAUUCCUGCUUGGGAUGCAGCAAAAAGACCUGCGCAAACUGUGCGCCAAGUUGCGCGAGGAUCGUCUCAUAGCAGUCAACACACGAGCUGAAAUCCGAGAUGGAUCGACCCGUCCAGUCAACCGCGAAUACUACUACAUCCCGCUGCACCCCGUCGUUGACGCGAUCAAGUACAAAGUCUCGAAGUUGACCUCCACGAUCAAGCUGCAAUACACACCGAGUCAAGAGCGGAAGGAAUACAUCUGUUUGCGAUGUGGAGCCGAGUGGACGGAGCUAGAUGUUCUGAGUCUCUACUCAGACGAAGGCUUCGAGUGCCAGAACUGUGGGGCUAUUCUCGAGCGCACGGAGGACGUCAAAGGCAGCGAAGGCAUCGACCGCACCGGUCACGAGAAGAACAGCAAGCUCAUGGCGCAGCUCGAUAAGAUGCUUAAACUGCUCAAGCAGAUCGACUCCGUGGAAAUUCCGCCCAACGACUUUGACACCGCCUGGGACCACAAGGUCGACGUCAUCCGCAACCAGCACACCAACCCGACCAGGGCAGCGAUUGUCGUACAGUCCAAGAAGCAGGAAGCCGUCCGCGGCAACCUCAAGACCGACGCUGCCGCUCUAGAGAUCUCGUUGACAUCUACGGAAGAGAAGACCGCCGCUGAACAAAAGGAGGAAGCCGCGCGUAAAGCCGCUCUAGAGAAACAAAACGCUCUCCCCGUUUGGCACACACACUCUACAGUCACCACCACCGCCGGAAAUGUCGGCGCCGUCAAGUCCGGCUCGGACCUCAAAAUCAAGCCGGAGAUCAAGGAGGAAGACCAGAAACCCAAUCUCGCGGAUCUCGACGACAAAGUCGCUGCAUACUACGCAGAGAUGGAGCGCGAGAAAGCACUCCAAGCCCAGGCAGAUGCUAGCAGCGCGGAAGACGACUCCGACGACUUCGACGAGUUCGAAGACGUCGGCGGUGUCUCUGCAAGCGAUACCGCCUCCCCGGCUGUUGGUGGCCUAUCCAAUGGACCUACCAGCGCACCCAUCAGUAUCAAGCGUGAGCUGGAUAGUGAAUCCGGCUCCAGCGCCCCUCAAACAGCAACGGGGACCCCAUCGACUCCGGCGGAUGAGGGACCAGCGGCUAAGAGGAUCAAAACGGAGCCUGAUAUCAAGAGAGAGGAAUCUGACGAAGAUGAUGAGGAGUUUGAGGAUGUUUGA